CUUAAAUUUGACGUCAGCUCAACCAGUCCAGCAGCUGAGGCCAUCCAUUGACCGACCUCCACAGCGUGCGACAAAGACCAUAACACAAUGCGGCUAUUAACCACAGCAAUACUCCCACUCCUCUCGCUCGCCUACGCAUCCACGCAACAGCCCCUUAACGACGGCACCGCCAGUACGCAGUACUCGUAUAUCCUCGUCGGCUCUGGCGCCGCCGGCUCGGUCCUCGCCGACCUCCUCUCCUCUCCAGGGGAGCCCACACUCCUUCUCGAAGCCGGUCCACGCAGUACCUACGCCUCAGGCGGCCGUGAAACCCCGGCCUGGCUACAUAACCACCCGCUAACGCGCUUCGACGUCCCCGCGUUCUUUGGCACGUUCAGCCACCAGUGUCCGGACAUCCCUGUUCCUGCGGCGUGCGUCCUCGGCGGUGGGACGGCAAUAAACAGUGGGAUAUGGUUUUUGCCUGCCGAGAGGGAUUGGGAUGGGUUCGGUGGGCAGUGGAAGGAGAGGGUGGCGGUGGCGGUGGCAAGGGUCAAGCACAGGAUCCCCGGACGGAGCGAGAAGUCGUGGUUUCAGGAGGCGUGGUCCGUGUUGGGAAUGAUGGCGCGGGGCGCGGGGUGCACGCGCGCGGAGGAGGGGGAAACGGCGGGUGAUAGGAGGUAUGCUAGAGUGCCGUUUAUGAGUAUUAGCGGAGAACGUGGCGGGCCGCUGCAGGCGUAUUAUCUCCGCGCUGCGCAGAGGGGGAAUUUUAGGAUUGUGUUUGGGGCGAGGGUGGAGCGGGUGCUACGCGAUGGCGGUACGGCUACGGGUGUGGAGUAUAUACAGGACGGAGAGCGACGCAUCGCAAUGCUGAAGGAGGGCGGAAAGGUGGUUCUUUCCGCUGGCGCAUUUGGAUCGCCGAAGAUACUGUGGCAGAGCGGUAUUGGGACGAGGGAUCAGCUCGAGAUCGUUCGAGCUGCCAAAGGCAGCGAGGGGAUAGUAGACGAGAAGGAUUGGAUCGAUCUGCCGGUUGGCUACAACUUGAUGGAUCACCCCGCCACUUACGCGGUGUUUAAAUAUCCCGGUGUCGGCGAGGCUUACAACUACUCAGACGCAUACGAUAACCCAAAUCCCCAGGAUGCUCAGAAAUAUCUCGACCACAGAACCGGUCCCCUUGCCUCCUCCAACGCGCGUAUAACCUUAUGGCAGAAUAUCCCCGGCAGAGACGGGGCGAGCCGCACUCUACAAUGGACCGGCCGUACCAGCGCCUUCCACAACUUCACUGGCCCGGAUCUCCUACUAAUGACGAACUACCUAUCAUCCGGCCAAACAUCACGCGGGCGUAUAAGUCUCACCCCGGAGCUCAACCUCAUCAUCUACGAGUCUCCGUACCUUGUGACGGAAGAGGAUACCGCGGCGGUGAUACGGAGCUUCCACGACGUCCUAGCCGGCGUCAAAGCCGUGCCGGGGCUGGAACUGUUGCUUCCCGAUCUUGAGAGCACUACUAUCGAGGAGUACGUGCGCGGCAGUACCGAGGGCAGAGGAAGCAACCACUGGCUGGGCACUGCGGCGGUGGGGAAAGUCGUUGAUGUCAACGCGAAGGUGAUAGGGAUGCGGAACUUGUACGUUGUUGAUGCGAGUAUAUUCCCGGGAAUGGUGGCGUCGAAUCCGGUCGGUGCGAUUGUGGUUAUGGCGGAGGUGGCGGCUGAGGGGAUUGUUGCGGAUGAGGGCGACCUGUGACGGUGAAUAGAGAGAAUGUCGUGUGCUCCACUAGUAACUACACUGCCGCCGCUCUUCCAAAGAUACAUCAGGAGUGGAU